GGCCCAGCGGCCCGCGCCCGGUGGCCUGACCUCCCCGAACGCUGGGCCCGUGACGUCACCCCGCCGUGACGCGCACGCUGUAGGAAAACUAAUUAAUUAAAAGGAUUUACGGUAUAUCUUAUGACUCUACAGGAGCCUUGGGAUAUAGUUACAGUAGCCAUCUUAGUUGGAAACUACUUUGGAAACCACGUGGAAGAUGGCAGAGCCAGCCUGGGUCCACAGAUGAUCUUGUGAAACACACCUUCCCCUGUCACCCCGUAUUUUGGCAUGAAAAAGAAUUUCUUUCUCACUUGACCUACUUUUGAGUCUCUUUGUUACGGCAGAAAGUUUAUAUGCUAAUAUAAAAUGGAAAACAUUUCAGAGUUUUAAGUUUUUCUUCAUACUGUUUGGUUAUAUUCUCUAUAUAUUGGUAUGGUAUUCUCAAUUAAAGUAGUUUUUAAAAUACAUAUGAUUACAUGCCAAGAGUUCCUUUUUGAUUAAUUAUUUAAGAGAAUGUUUUGCAAAUUUCCAAGUUACUUUUAAGCUUUUGAUACUAAUAAUAGAAUGAUGUUAAUAUAUGGCAUUCUGCUUUUCUAGAUUUUUAUGGUUGUAUUUCUGGGCUAGCCUAUGAUCAGUUUUCGUAAAGUUACACAGACCUUUGUAAAUAAGUUUUCUUUAUGAGAUACCUAAAUACCUAUUAUGUUGUUGAACUUUAUUAUUUUUUUGUCUGAUCUCUCAAAGGCUUAAAGUUGUAAAUCACUGAUUUCUUCCAUUAAUUUUAAUUAUUUAUAGUUCUAUAAGUUUUUAUUUUGGUGUAUGUGUUAAUGUGUUAUUUACUGUCAACAUCUCAAUUGAAGAUUAUACCUUUUAUCAGAGUAAUAUGACUUUUUUUUUUCAUUAAAUAAAGGGUCUUGCUUUGUCACCAAGGCUGGAGUGCAGAGGCACGAUCAUAGCUCAUUGCACCUUCCAAACUCUAGGGCUCAAGUGGGCAGUCCUCCUGGCUAGCUGGGACUAUAGGUGUGCCACUGCACCUGGCUAAUUUUUCUUUUUAAUUUUUUGUAGAGACAGGGCCUUGCUAUAUUGCCCAGGCUGGUCUUGAACUUAUGGCCUCAAGCGAUCCUUCUGGCCUAGCCUCCCAAAGUGCUGGGAUUACAGGUGUGUGCCACUGCACCCAGCCAUGACUUUCUGAUUUAUGACUUGUGUUUUGUUUUAGCUGACAUUGAUAUUGCUACCUUAGUUUAUAUUUCUCCAUAAAUCUGUGCUUCCUGUUAUAUUUACACUUUCUUUGUCAUUACUUUUAGAUAUGUUUCCUAAAAGUAGAACAUACUUGGAUUUCAUUUUUUAUCCUAAAAAGAACUUUGUCUCUUAACAAAUAUUUAAUGCAUUUAAAUUUGUUUCCAAAUUGUUCUAAUUGGCUUUAUUGAUCUUCUUUUCAUCUUUUUGUUUGAAAUUCUUCCGUGUUUUCAUUGUGUUUUGAUUUAAAGUUUUAUGUUUAAUUUGGUUUUCAUUUUUAACUUAUUGUGCUUCUAAGGCUUUGAAGUCUAAGGAUUAUUUUAAAGAUUUUUUUUAACUUUAAAUUUAUAUGAUACCUAUCAUUAACAGUUAAGAAUAGGAUGGUAUCUCUUGAUAAAUGAGAAAUUUAAUAUGUUUUUACUUAUCUGCUUCUCUGUUUUCAUUAAUAUGAUCUAAGAUUUUUAACUCAGACUGUUACUAAAUUAUAAUUUUAAAUAAUUUAUGCACAAUUUAUUUUAUUAACUUUUAUAUGGGCAUAAAGAAUAUGAAAACCCUAAGUUGUCACAACCUUAAUUUCUACUUUUUCAAGUAUUUAUCAAAAGGAAUCUUAAACCAUCAAAAUUAUACUCUGAUAUCCUAUUACUUAUUAUUUUCUUGAUUUAUUUUCAUAUUAUAGCUUUAAAAAAUACUGUUUUCGUUUUUUCUGUUGCCCACAUUCAAAUUAUUUCUUUGCUCAUUAGAUUAGGAGAAAAGAAGUAGAAAUAGUCAGAUUUGAAAUUAAGAUACCAAAUUAUGUAUUUGGUAUUUUCUAUAGCAAAGUCUAAGGUCUGGAACAUGUUUAGGAUUAUUGGAUUAACGGAUUUUAUGGUGAUGGGUUUUAUGGGGAGAAUUACCAGUUAUUUAGUAGCUUGUAAGCUUGUGUUCUAAGAUGUCCCUGUCAAUUACUGCAUCAGGUAACACAGGGCCUGGCACUUAGAUUCUCAUUAGUAUUUGUUCAGUGACAGAAGCUGUCCUCUGUUACUUUCGAGUCUCUAAAACUGUUUUCCUCAUCUUGAAUGUGCCUAGUCAUCUGACCUCCUCUCAAAUGGGCACCAACUUCAUUCUCUCUAUAUAAUAAGGGACCUUGUAUGGGGCUUUCCUAGUUUUUUUCAGAACAUGCUUGAGGACCAUUUAGGGAAGCAGGGUCUUAGAGGACAUUCAGUCUUGUCUUGGAAACAGUGGGGAAGAACUCUGUAGCAGUUGCUAGGGGUAAUAUUAUAUCUUUAAGAAAACAAUGCUGUCACUAAGUUACUUUUAGACAUGGAAGGCUUCUCUUUAAUUUUUUUUUCUUUUUUAGUGGAUGAUUAUGUAGCUAGACUACCAAGAGGUAGGGAGUGAAGUAAAGCUGAGAACAGCCUCUCCAGGAUUAUCAGGUCAGGGUGAAGUUCUUGGCAAGAGACUCGAUUUAGUGUGGUAUUCUGGAAGGCACAUGGGCUGAGGAGGCAGGAGACCUUUAUUCUAAUUUUGGUUCUCUGUUCCUGUUUCUAACUGUGGCAAACCAUUUAACUUUUGUGAGUCUCAGACUAGAUUUAUUAAAUGAGGAAUCUGACUCAAAGAUCCUUUCUAACUUUAAAAUUCUGUGUCUGACCGGAGGACCAGGGUAGAACAAGGAGGUUUCUACUCGAUAGAAUUUUUAUUUUUAAUUUCAUUUUGUGCAGUCAAGAGGAAUAAACCAUUUACUGCUUUGAACAGGAGGAUUAGAAGAAGGAAUCAUAUGUGGCUCACAUGUUUAUGUUCUGACUUCGUAUUAGAUAAAAAUGAAUGCCAUUUCUCAUCCAGUACUGAAGUGUUAAAGUUAGAAGACAUUUGCUAAGUCAAAUCACUUCAGAAGCAGAGCUCGGGGAAGAAAUUGAAGAAGAAAAUGAAACUGUCAAAUGAAAACAACAUUGGAGAAAAAGAUGAUACAGGAAAAACAGUGAAGUCAUGGAAAUUAGACAUGAGAGAGGUUUUGAAGUGUUCGCAUUUUUUUUUCUACUGUAUCUUUGCCUCGUUGUCCAUCUAUGGCUAUAGGAAGCUCAUCCUGGGAGUGGAGGAACAGAUGUUCUGUCAUUGCCACAUUCUUCUGGACACAGACUGGAGGACUAUAGGAAUGUGUGUUGAAGAAAGUAUGCACAUCUUAUCUUCUGAACAUUUUGAUGGAAUUAACCACAAACUUCAUGCAAGAACAGUAAAAGGUGAAUCAAACAUCCCUUCUGGAACAAUACAGAGUAGGAAAGGUUUGCAGAAUAAGAGUCAGUUUAGGACCAUCGCACCAAAAAUUGUGCCCAAAGUCCUAACGUCCAGAAUGCUGCCAUGUCAUUCACCAUCACACUCUGAUCAGGUGAAUCUGGGACCCUCCAUCAACUCCAAGCCUCUGGGGAUGUCCACCCAGAACUAUGCCCUGAUGCAGGUUGCUGGCCAGGAGGGGACAUUUUCUCUUGUUGCUCUGCCACAUGUUGCCUCAGCUCAGCCAAUUCAGAAACCCAGAAUGUCCCUACCUGAAAACCUGAAACUUCCUAUUCCUAGAUAUCAACCCCCUAGAAAUAGCAAAGGAUCAAGAAAGAAACCCAUCCUGAUCUUUCCUAAGAGUGGCUGUAGCAAAGCUCCUGCCCAAACCCAAAUGUGUCCUCAGAUGUCCCCUUCCCCACCUCACCACCCUGAACUCCUGUACAAACCCAGUCCAUUUGAGGAAGUGCCAUCACUAGAGCAAGCCCCAGCCAGCAUUAGCACAGCUGCGCUGACCAAUGGAAGUGACCAUGGGGACUUGAGACCACCGGUGACCAACACCCAUGGCAGUCUGAACCCUCCUGCUACCCCAGCAUCACCCACACCAGAGGAGCCUGCCAAGCAGGACCUCACAGAUCUUUCAGGGAAAGCACACUUUGUAAGCAAGAUAACAUCUAGUAAACCUUCUGCUGUUGUCAGUGAAAAAUUUAAAGAACAAGUUUAUCUUGCAAAAACCAUGACCAGUUUAUCACCAACCAUUCUUGGCAAUGCAGUUCAGUUGAUCUCUUCAGUCCCCAAAGGGAAACUGCCAAUCCCACCCUACUCAAGAAUGAAGACAACGGAGGUUUACAAAAUCAAAUCAGAUGCUAACAUUGCAGGUUUUUCUUUACCAGGACCUAAGGCCGACUGUGAUAAGAUAUCCUCCACCACAGAAGGCUUUAAUGCAGCCACCAAGGUGGCAAGCAAGCUACCUGUUCCACAAGUGUCACAGCAGAGUGCCUGUGAAAGUGCCUUUUGUCCACCCACCAAACUUGAUCUUAACCACAAAACAAAACUGAACAGUGGAGCAGCAAAGAGAAAAGGAAGAAAAUGGAAGGUACCAGAUGAAAUUUUGGCAUUUCAGGGAAAAAGGAGAAAAUGUAUCAUUAAUAAGUGUAGAGAUGGUAAAGAAAGAGUAAAAAAUGAUCCCCAAGAAUUCAGAGACCAAAAGCUGGGGACCCUGAAAAAAUAUCGUAGCAUUAUGCCCAAACCUAUCAUGGUCAUACCCACUUUGGCCUCCCUGGCUUCUCCAACUAUACAGUCCCAGAUGCUUGGGGGCCUAGGACAGGAUGUUUUGUUAAAUAAUUCACUCACUCCUAAAUAUCUUGGCUGUAAGCAAGACAACAGCUCUUCCCCUAAGCCCAGCUCCGUGUUCAGAAAUGGAUUCUCUGGCAUUAAGAAGCCUUGGCACAGAUGUCACGUCUGCAACCACCACUUCCAGUUCAAACAGCACCUUCAAGACCACAUGAAUACACACACCAACAGACGCCCUUACAGUUGUCGGAUAUGUCGCAAGUCCUACGUACGUCCUGGCAGCCUGAGCACACACAUGAAACUUCAUCAUGGUGAGAACCGUCUGAAGAAACUCAUGUGUUGUGAAUUUUGUGCAAAAGUGUUUGGCCACAUCCGAGUCUAUUUUGGCCAUCUGAAAGAAGUGCAUAGGGUUGUGAUCAGCACUGAGCCCGCUCCCAGUGAACUGCAGCCAGGAGACAUACCAAAGAACAGAGACGUGAGUGUGCAAGGCAUGGAGGGAUCAUUGGAGAGGGAAAACAAGUCCAACCUGGAAGAAGACUUCCUUCUAAACCAGGCAGGUGAAGUCAAAUUACAAAUCAAAUGUGGUCGUUGUCAGAUUACUGCUCAGUCUUUUGCGGAAAUAAAAUUUCAUUUACUUUAUGUUCACGGAGAGGAAAUUCAGGGCAGGCUACAAGAAGGGACCUUCCCAGGAAGCAAGGGGACUCAGGAAGAGUUGGUGCAGCACGCUAGCCACGACUGGAAAAGGCAUCCUGAGAGAGGGAAGCCGGAGAAGGUUCAUUCCUCCUCCGAGGAAUCACACGCAUGUCCAAGACUGAAAAGGCAGCUCCACCUUCAUCAGAAUGGCGUGGAAAUGCCCAUAGAAAAUGAAGGACCCCAGUCAGGAACCAACAAGCCAAGGGAAACCUGCCAGGGCCCUGAGUGUCCUGGCCUGCACACAGUUCUCUUGUGGUCCCGUUCAGGCUUUAACUGCCUGCUUUGUGCAGAGAUGCUGGGACAGAAAGAGGACCUCCUCCACCACUGGAAGCACCAGCAUAACUGUGAGGACCCUUCCAAACUGUGGGCUAUUUUAAAUACAGUCUCCAACCAGGGAGUGAUCGAACUUUCCAGUGAAGCUGAGAAAUGAGACCCCAAGGCAGCCUGGGGUUAAGGAGAGAGCUCUGCCGCCACCUUCCUUCAGAGCUUCGUGCUUUAUGGUGGUGCUUAGUCACAAAGAUCAAACAACAGGAUUGGUGUGAGUGAACAGAAAUGAUUUUCGUACGUGGUUUUAUUUUCUUACAAAAUAAAAUAUAUGUUCUCGAAGCAUA